AUGACGAGACGUGGAACUGGAGACAUGGACCAGACCUGUAACUGUCUUCAUGCAGGGRUCUCUCAYCUGGUGAGAACACAGCAGGUUGUCACAGCAACCCUGGGAGAGGARGCUCACUUCAGCUGCAGGCUCAUGAAACCCAAAGAUGUGCUUCAAGUCACCUGGCAGAAAGAGACAUCAGGGGCGACUGAAAAUGUGGCCACCUACAACAAACGAUUUGGACCAGUAGUCAACCCACCUUUUCAGAGGAACGUGGAGUUUGAAGACGAGGGACUGCACUAUCGUCAUCAGAGGAAUGUGGAGUUUAAAGACGAGGGACUGCAGAACUGCACUAUCGUCAUCAGAGGAGUGUCAAGAGGAGACGAGUCCUGCUACAAGUGUCUGUUUAACGCCUAUCCAGAUAGAGCUAUCAGUGGCAGGUCCUGUGAACAGCUGUGA